GUACUGUCCUUGGUCUCUUUGCUUCUGUGAUUCUUGUUGCAGCUGAGGCUAGUGGGCUUAUGUUAAUGUUGAACAUCUCACGUGCUACGUUUUCCCAAAUUGACAUGGACCCCAAGAUAGCUGCAAUUUCUGGUGUGUAGCUACAUCGCUCUCGCGGAGUGCAGACACGAUAAGGACUUUUACUUGCAGGUCUCAGUGCUGGCCUCUUACGAGCGCUCCUACACGCCUCGCAGACGGCGGAACCAUUCUCAGAUAACAGCCGGUUGAAUUGCCUAGCUAGCAUUGAGUCCAAGGAUUAUGAGUCAGGCAACUAUAACCAUUGGAAUGCCGCCAGAACUUUUCCGACUGGGUGUCAUGGCUUUUGCCACACUCAUUUGGCUGUUAACACUGCGACAAGCACACAAAAUAUACGCGCUCGAGCAACAAUACGGUUGCGGGAAUGUGGUCAAGGAGAAAGCCCCUCGGUGGGACUUGCUGGGUGUAACAAAAUUGCUCGAAUUCGCUCAUCAUUUCCGAAGUAAAACUGCACUCGAGUAUACGGAUAGGCUGUUCAAGAUAUAUGGGAACACUUACAUGUCUCAGAUUCUGGGUUACCGGAUUCACUUCACAUGCGAUCCGACUAACAUCAAGCACAUUCUCUCAACGAACUUCGCGGAUUAUGACAGUUCCAAACUGCGGGGCCAUCUGUUCGAUCCCAUUACACCUCAUGGAAUCUUCACGGUUGAUGGCCCCGACUGGCGAGCAAUCCGCGACCAGCUGCGCAUCCAGAUGUCCAACAACCGCAGAAUCUGUGACCUUGCGAUGUUUGAGCAGCAGUUCCAGACUUUCCUUCAGUGUGUACCGCCCGAUGGCCAGAAGUUUGAUAUCCAGGAGUGUUUCAUCAGUCUUGCAAUUGAUAUCCAGAGCAGAUUUGCUUUUGGGGACUCGAUCGAUACCUUGCAUCCUUGUCCCUCGCCGGCAAAGAAGCGCUUUGCGCAAGACUUACAUAUCAUCAAGGAGACUAUCGUUCGUGACGGCUUUCGUGGCCCACUGCGUCAUCUUUCGACGAAACUAGAGUUCCAACAGUCCUGUGCGCGGGCGCGUCGCUUUAUCAUUGAUUAUGCAGAGCGGGAAGUGGCGAAGGGACAGUCCCAGGAUAGCGCAGAGGGAUACUAUCUCAUGAUGGGCCUGAGAGAUAAAGGAGCAGAUGCCGCCCAAUUGGCAAACCAGGCUCUCAGUAUUUUGCUAGCUAACGAUAGCAUUGCUACUACAUUGUCGGGCAUCUUCUUCCUUUUGUCACGGCAUGAACGAGUGGUCUCAAAAUUACGACAAACUAUAAUGGAGGAGAUAGGUUCCAACCCUCCUACCUACGACCAGCUCAUGAAGAUCGCCUACCUCACACAUGUUAUCCAUGAGAGUAUGCGAUUCUUCCCAGUGGCUCCCUUGAAUGCGCGAACGGCAAACAAACACACUGUUCUGCCAUCCGGUGGCGGUCUUGAUGGCAGCAAACCGGUUCUGAUUCGCAAGGACGACAUUCUUGUAUUUUCUUCCUGGUCUAGCCACCGACUGGAGGCCAGCUUUGGCUUGGAUCCCGAGGAAUUUCGACCCGAGCGAUGGGAAACAUUGAGCGCCGAUGUCGCCGGGUUUAUACCUUUCAACAAGGGUCCCCGACUUUGCCCUGGAAAACGUUAUGCUAUGAUUUUCAUCUCUUACAUGGUUGUUCGUCUACUGCAGACCUUUUCACAUGUAACAAACUACAAUCCAGGACCGUGGGUUGAGAGGCUAUCGAUGACGCUGGAGAAUGAUAAUGGUGUGUUGGUUGGGUUGAGCUGAAGGCCCAUCUAUGCCAAAUGCUAGAUAGUGGCCUGGUUUACCUGGUUCUGGAAGGUUAAUGUCGUAUCUGCUUCUCAGGACGGCCAUUCAAAUGGGUUUCCGAUACUCGCGAAACGAGGUAUAGCCAAAGUUUGUGAAAUAGAAGAACUUGCG